UCGCGUCUAGGCGGGGUUCUCGGAUAAAGGCGGGUCUAAAGCAGCCUUUAUAUUCGGUCACGGUGCUGGUGACGCGGCGGAUCUGUGGUUGUAAACUUGUAGCUUGAACAGCAGUAAUCCUUUUGAAGACGUCAAAAUGAUUAUCGAAAUCAAAGACAAGGCUGGCUUUGACCAAGCCCUGGAAAAUGCUGGAAAUAAGUUGGUGGUAGUGGACUUCACAGCCACAUGGUGCGGGCCCUGCCAGAUGAUCAAACCAAUUUUCGCAGCGAUGUCUGAUGAGUAUACAUCUGUGGUGUUUUUAAAGGUGGAUGUGGAUGAGGCACAGGAAGUGGCCGCUAGCUGUGACAUCAAAUGUAUGCCAACAUUCCAGUUUUAUAGAAAUGGGAAAAAGAUUCAUGAAUUUUCUGGUGCAAACAAACAUACACUGGAGAACAAGAUCAAAGAGCUUCAAUAAAAACGCAAUAAAAGCAAACAAGCCCAAAAAUCCAUAUAUACAGUAUCAGCCAAUAGCUAAACAUCAAGUACUUUAUCCACAUACUUUAAAGAAUUCAUCUCUUUAACAGCUAAAUUUCUCUGUUGUUUUAGUUAAUAAAAACAAAGACAAUACAUUCCUCCAAAACUUUAAAUAUGUUGGCCAAAUUUAUUUUAUGUUGGCUUUAUGUAAAGUUAAAAUAAAUCAAAUGGUGACUUUUACAA